AUGUCGCUCGCCAUGGCCACUCCCACCGCCGCCGCCCACCUCGCCUCACCGCGCCCCCUCUCCUCCUUCUCCACCACCCCCCGCCGCCGCCACCUCGCCGCCCCGAGCCGCGGCGUCCGCCUCGCCUCCGUCCCCGACCCCGGGGCGGGGCCGCUGGAGUACACGCCCUGGCUCAUCGCCGGCCUCGGCAACCCCGGCGCCAAGUACCACGGCACGCGCCACAACGUGGGGUUCGAGAUGGUGGACCGCAUCGCGCGGGAGGAAGGCAUCGCCAUGAACACCAUCCAGUCCAAGUCCCUGCUCGGAGUAGGUUCAGUUGGGGAUGUCCCAGUGUUGCUGGUAAAGCCACAAUCAUACAUGAAUUACUGUGGUGAAGCAAUUGGACCGCUUGCUGCCUAUUACCAAGUACCUCUGCGACACAUUCUUGUGAUUUAUGAUGAGACGAGUCUGCCCAAUGGUGUAUUGCGAGUUCAACGGAAAGGUGGUCAUGGCCGCCAUAAUGGCUUACAGAACGUAAUUGAGAAUUUGGAUGGAUGCCGGGAGUUUCCUCGUUUAUCGAUAGGCAUUGGUAGCCCACCUGGUAAAAUGGAUGCACGAGCUUUUCUUCUGCAAAAGUUUAGUUCAGAGGAACGUGUUCAGAUUGACACCGCGUUGGAGCAAGGGGUGGAUGCUGUGAGGACUCUGGUGCUCAAGGGUUUUAGUGGAAGUAUUGAGAGAUUCAAUCUGGUGCAGAAGUACAAGUUCAACAGGGUUUGAUGUAGAUGCUUGGAUCUGCCUACUUUUGGAAGAUGCAUGAAUACACACCAACAUUGUUGGAAGUGUUUGAUGUGAUAAUUUGCAUAUCCUACUUAGGCGCACUAAGUUGGGUGCCCUGUAGUUUUUAGGAUGCUAAGAACUUAGCAGCAUGUAUAUAAGGUAGAGUUCUUCACAUCUUCCGAAAGAUAACUCAUGGUUUACUCAAAUUGGAAACAUGAUAGGACCAAUUGAUAAAGGCCAUGUAAAAGCACUAUGUACUUCUAUAGGUUAAUGAUUAAGACAUUUGGGUCUGAUAUACAAGAGGAAUGUAGACCAUUUCGUUCC